CUAACCAGAAAAGUCAUGAAAGUAGGCCAGUUUUUGUGUAUCCGUCCUCUUCCACCACUUCUGCGCUUGUCAGAAAGCGUUAAAUGCUGGUCUUUCAGCCGUGUGGUUUCGGACACAGAAGCGCAGCAGACCAGCGGACCUCUGUGGUCAGAUCAGGUUUCACGUUUGCCUCCGCGCUGAAGAAACCGCCCCUGGAGUCCCGACGGAACUGACCGGCCUCAAGUGUGCCGUUACCGCAGAUUAUUCAGCCGGACGCACAAACUUCACGCAGUCCACAAACGCGCCGUGAAUGAUACGCGCAGAGGUGACAUGUGGAGCUGUGAUUGACAGCUGGAAGGGGCGUGGCGGACUUGGAUCGGAGAACAUAAUGGCACUCCUCCUGUGGCUUGGCUUAUCGCUGCUGGCCUCGGUUCAGUCCAGUGGUGUCAAGAACUGCCACCCUGGUUGCCGCUGUGAGGUGGAAAGCUACGGCCUGUUCGACAGCUUCAGUCUGACCAGGGUGGACUGCCGUGGGCUGGGACCCGGCACCACCAUGCCUAUCCCCAUCCCGCUGGACACUUCUUCCUUAGACCUGUCCUCUAACGCCAUGGGCCCGCUCAGUGACACCAUGUUAGCUGGUCCAGGCUACACCACCCUCGUCAGCUUGGACCUAAGCAACAACCAUAUAACAAAGGUAAGCCCCAAUGCUUUGUCCAAACUGCGUUACCUGGAGACUCUGGAUCUGAGCCACAACAACUUGGAGAGCCUCUCCCCGAGCUGUUUCUCUGGCCUCCCUCUGGCUGAUGUUGACCUCAGCUACAACAGCUUCCAAGAGUUCGACAUGGACGUUUUCACUACUAAAGUUAAUGGGGAACCUGUCAGCGUGGAUCUAUCUCAUAACAAGCUCGUGUCAGUCUCUAUGACUUUGCGUGGAAGAGUACUACACAUUCAAAGUUUAAAUUUGUCAGCAAAUCGGCUGUUGAGCGUACCGAGACUGGCAGGACUUCCGCUGAGGUACCUCAAUCUAGAUAGCAACCCCAUCGCCCGAAUCAAGGAGGGAGCUUUCACUCAGUUGAGUGAUCUGGUGUCUUUAUCCAUCAGUGGCCUCCAUGAGCUUCAGGAAAUCGAGCCACACAGCUUCAAGGGCCUCCAGAGUCUGCAAGUCCUGGAUCUCUCAAACAACCCCAAGCUCAAGAGCCUGAGCCCUGUGGUUUUCAGCGGACUAGACUCCUUGCAAGAGCUGAAUUUGUCUGGCUCUGGUGUGGCGUCCUUGCCAAAUAACAUGCUGACUCACCUGCCCAGUAUUAAGAGUAUUACACUGGGAGAACACAUCCACUGCUGGAGGACCCAGAAGCAGGGACAGUUCCACCGGCAGCUGGGUCAGGUCCAACACAACGAGGUGCUGAGCUGUAAUGUGGAGGGCAUCGUGUUGUGAGACUGUGGAAGUGGACCACUCUUUAAGGGGCCAGUAUACUCCGUCAGAAGUGCUUGUCAGAUGGUCGAGUAGUUUCAGAAACCCACUCCUCCCACAUCUUUCCCAUGUCGGAGUUGAGGUUCUGGGCCCGGCCAUUUCUGUCACUUUCCGAAACUGAUGUUCUGGUGUUCACACCCUCGUCACGCUGCUUUUCUUUCCUGACACAACUAUUUCUGGUACUUUUCAUAUGAGCGACUGAGUGCAACAAUAUCGCAACCCCCCUCUCUGUGACGGGGUCCGCCUUCUAGUGUAGCCAACUGUAAACACUUUGAUUUCCAAUGUGCUCGGACAACACGUCGUAGGAGAAUAUCCCCCAGCCCUUAUAGUCCCAAUGCCAGAGCUGUGCCUUAUCUGCCUUUUUUGUGUUACUCUCACUUAAGUACCUCUGUUCCAAGGUGAAACUGGAAUCUGUCUUAACGGUUUAACGUAGCCUUCACAAACUCCUGACACAAACAUCAUGAAUUCUGUACCUUUUUGAAACACAAUGACAAAAUGUCCAGCAUUUUACACGGCACAGAAAAUGUCUUUUUCAUCUUCAUCUUACCCAGUAGUCUAAACUGGUAGGAAACCUUUCUUCAAUCCAAAACUUUAAGCAAUGUUUUUACGUCAUGUUCUUCAUUUAAAGUGGGACCAUUGAGAGUUAUUUGCACUUGUUCCAGUUACGGUAUUUUUAUAAUGAUGCACUUACACAUGGCUAAAUGUCACCCAGUCUUAAUAGAAAACUCUCUUUACAUUUCUCAUUAUAUCCACACUGAACAAUAUUGUUGACCACUAGGAUUUUUUCAUUUGACUUUGAAUGUGAUGUUCUGCUGAAAUGAUUAAAGGGAUGGUUUGACAUUUUGGGAAAUGCACAUAUUUGCUUUCAGGUGAGGAGUUAGAUCAGAAGAUUGAUAGCUAACUGGCUUCAGGAUAGCUUAGCUUAGCACAAAGACUGGAAAUUGUGGCAAAAGGCUAGCCUGGUUCUCUCCAAAUUCACCCACCAGCACUGCAGGAUCACUAACUAACAUAUUAUGUCUUCGUUUGUUAAGACAAAAAACAAAACAUAAAAAGUGUGGUUGUAAGGGGAAGUGCUGUUUCCUGGCUGGUUUAGUGACUCCCUGGAGUCUUGUCAUGAGGUUUCAAGGCAACCAGCAGAGAUCCCCUGAACAACCACAACCAGCUGUUUAACUUUAUGUACAUUAAAGAAAUGAGAUAUUGCCUGUUAAUUAGGUGAUUUCUUUCCCUUUGGACAGAGCUAGCUGUUUCCACCAUUUUCCCGCCGUCAUCCCAGCUAAGCUAGCUAGCUUAGCUUGGCCGCUUGCUGUAGCUCUAUAUGUACAGUGGAGACAUAAGAGUGGUUUGAGUCUUCUUAUCUGACUCUCAGCUAGAAAGCAAAUAAAUGAACUUCCCAAAAAUCUGAAACUGUACAAUCUGAGGACUAGAGACUAGUGUUAUUAUAACACUGUAACAAACUUUGUAUUUUCUUUUUUACACCCACACAAUGACCAUUUAAUUUUUUUUUAUUUGUUUCCAUGAAUACUAGCCCAACCUUACAACUUGUCCAUGUGUUUGAACUGUUUAUCUUCAUAAUGACACUAAGUUUGGCCUUUGCAAAUUAGGUGCAUGCAGCCUUGGAUGUGGAUCUGUGUUUUGUUUGUUUUUAUGACAUAACACGACAGGAGUGAACAAGCCGUGAACAUGUUGGUUGGGACUGAACCUGCUGCCACAUCAGUCUCUAAUGGAGAAAGACUGAUGUUUCACAACAAAUUUGAUGAAUGAAGUACGACAGUUUUUACCGGUAACCAAGUGAUGCAAGUACAGUAUGUGUCAACUUUGAUGUGUAAACACCAAGCUGUGCGGUGCUGUAUUGUGUAACCUUACCUUGGCAUUCCCGUGGUAUUUCUGUGGACCUGAAAGGGUGAUCAGCCUCAAGACUGCAUGUUAGGGUUUUGAAUGUCAGCAAUCUGUAAAGGCUUCGGGCCUUUUGUGUUUUAAUUCUGCAAUUUUAAAGGAAAUCCACCUUUCCAUUUGGGUAAUUGAAAGUCAGCUGAGCCCAGUCUUGGUGUAGAAGUUUGUAUUUAUGUAACUAUAUUGUAUAUAGCUUUAUAUAUAUUUGAAUCAUAUGUGUAAUAAAUUGACUAUUCUCACA